AUGCUCCGUUUCCACCAUGUCUAUUCUGGAAAAAAAUCAACGACUAGGUGCCUGCAAGAAUUGCUUAGCUGCAAGAACGAGAUCAAUUGGUUCAUAGUCUUCGCUUUGAUAGCAGAAAUAUCUCAGUACUAUUCCCGAAUUGCCACCCUGCAUACACACUUGGUUUCAUAUAUACCAUCGAAGCGAGAUGGCUCUCCCUUCGUCCGCAGCUUCGUUCUUGUCUUCUUCGAAAGAACACAGAAGCUCUUUCAAUCUGGCGGUCUUGUUGUCCCGUCUACGCUGCCAACAAUGGGCCAAAACGCCAUGAAGUACGAUACUUUACCGAUUAAUCUUUUGCAGUCAGACGACCAGUCUCUCCUUCUCGAACGCCUUGAUGAAUUACGUCGAAUAGGACUGCAUCACCAAGUCUUCUCCCACACACUCGUUAUUUGCGGCGACCAAAACUGCGGCAAGUCCGCGGUAUUCGAAGCCAUUACCGGCGUCCCUUUGCCUGUCAACAAUGGCGUCUCAACCCGAUUUGUCGUCGAAGUGGCUCUUCGAAGAUCAACAAGUGUCGGCACGCAAGUUAAGAUCCGUCCGGGGCCAAAUGCUUCACCAGAUCAUAAACAAAAACUUGGAGUUUUUUCUCGCUCGCACGACUGGCUAUCGGAUAUACCCAGGCUGUUCUCGGAGGCUCGCCUAAUCAUGGGCCUUACCCGCGAGGGAAGCUACUCUGAGGACGUCCUACAUCUAGAGAUAUCCGGCCCGACACUACCCAAUCUCACGGUAGUUGACCUGCCGGGUUUGAUGUACCUACCCCGUGAUAAUCAAACUACUGCAGAUAUCGCAGUCGCCAAGAGCCUCACCCUAACAUACCUACAGAACCCACGAAGCAUCAUCCUUGCUGUUAUCUCUGCAGAACGCCAACUCUCAGAGCAAAUGGUACUCCCUAUGACAAAGAGUUUUGCGGCCCGAACAAUGGGGAUUGUUACCAAACUCGACCGUCUGGACCCUGACGCCUCUACCAUCGCCAAGGUGUAUGACCGGGUCAAGCAACAACAUCAAUCAUUACAGCUAGGAUGGCAUUUAUUACGGAAUACGGAUAGCGAAGGAACUGAACGCCCCCAAAGAGUUAGCCGUGACGAUAUUGAGGAACUUUUCUUUGCUACUGCGACACCGUGGAGGACUCUGCCUCUUCACUUUCUUGGCGUGGGUGCUCUUCGGAGUAGGAUCCGUAAAACCUUGUUGUCAGAGGUCAAGCGUCACCUUUCUGUUCUCAAAUCAGACAUCAAUAUCGAUCUUGAUACCCAUCGUUCUCUAUACGAGAAACUUGGUUCUUCAACUACCACUACGGUGGAACGCCGCGUGUAUCUGGCUAGGAUAGGAGAAAGGUUCCAGUCCCUUACGAAAGACGCCAUUCAUGGGGAAUAUCAUGACCCAUAUUUCAGAUAUCGUCCGACUCAUUCGAUACGGCGACUGCGUGCUACGAUCAGCAACUGGACAGAAGAGUUCUCCCAAGAUAUGAGAAGGCGUGGCCACAGUUACGACAUUUAUGAUGAUACUGAACAAAAAGAAUUGCCUCCACGAACGAAGGAUGGACCUCAACCUGUGACAAAGAGAGAAUUUAUGAGUGGCCUUGAAGAGUUCGUGAAGCAGAGCAAAGGUCGUGAAAUAUCAGGCCUAAUGAAUGCCCAGGUUGUUGGUGAAUUAUUCAUUCGAUACUCCCUACGGUGGAAGGAAAUUGCUAAGGCUCAUGUUUUCCAGAUGUGGGCCAAAAUUAAGCAAUAUCUUAGUGACGUCCUUCAUCAUAUUGCGGAUGCCAGCUUUGGCGAAGCCUUGAUCCACAAAAUAUUCAAUAUCGAAAUGGAAAAGAAAUUGCAGAAACUGCAAGAAAAAAUUGACGAACUCGUGGCUCCAUUCAAAAGGGUUAUCCCGACAAUCGUCGAUCCGGACCUAAAUAUAAAAAUCUCUCAAAUACGGAGGGCAGCCAAUAGUGGUAUCAAAGCUCUCAGUACUUGCUCACUGUACUCCGAGAUAUUGGACUGUAUGCUGGCGUAUUAUUCAGUAUCUCUCAACAACUUCAUCAACAAUAUUGUAAGCCUGGCUGUCGAAGGUUGCCUUAUAGAUGGUUUGGAGGAUAUGAUCACUCCGUCCAAAUUCGUUCAGAUGUCUGAUGAUGAGAUCGAAGAUAUUGCAGCUGAGUCUCAAGAUGUGAAGCUCGCUCGAUCAAGGCUCGAGAAGCAGGUUCGCAUGCUUGAACUCGCUGCGUCGGCCUGCACUCGCUGUGAGCUUGUCGCUCUUGAAGCCACAGCGAGUGUUAACCGAAUUUCCACCGAGUCGAAAGAAAGCGAGAAGACCAUUGGCUCUGGGGCGUCGUCUCCAUCAUCGACCACAUCUGGAUCAGAUACCGAAAAAUUACUCGUGCGACAGGACCUAGCUUCAGGGCCGUCCAGCAGGCAAAACGCCAAUGGACAAGGCAGCAUGUUGAGAGCAUUUCCCUCACAGUCCACGCUUUCAGAUAAACAGCUGCUCACCAGUGCAGUUUAUCGACCAUCUACAGGUACAUCCUCAGUCAAUAAUGAUAAAACACUUCCAUCUUCCCAGCCCCGCGAACUACGGCGGAGCGACUCAAGAUCCAAACUUGGAAAAAUUAUUACGAAAAAACAAGUGUCAAAAUUCGUAUCUUCAAUUUCCGAGGAGUAA